AUGUCCUCGGCUGCAGAUUAUGAGGUAGUUGACUCAGAAAAGCCGAUAACAUUAGCGAAUGUGCGGCCUUUCGAAGAUUUCGUUCGAAUGGGGCGAUAUUGCUACCUCAUCCUCAUUUUCUCCGAGUUCCUUCUCUUAUCAGGAGCAGGAAAUAUGGUCUAUAUGGUCUAUGCAGGUGCUGCUCCUCGAUCAGUUUCAUGCGUAGGUAGUAACUUCACCAUAGAGGAUGUCUGCAAACAGGGACUGAACCACAGGGAAUUGACUGAUUGUGAACUGAAGAUUGAUUACGAGUUCAAGUCCAUAAAUGUAGAGUUUGAAUAUGUCUGCAAAGAAACAGCUCUGGUGAAAAGUAGCAUUUCUGUUCAAAUGACCGGUGUGUUAGUUGGUACCCUCCUGUUCGGAAGCUUGUCUGAUCGUUUUGGAAGAUUAAAAAUUCUUAUGUUCUCUUUCUCAAUGACAUCUUUCGUUUCUAUCUUCUGUUCGUUUUCGACUUCUUUAACCAUGUUCACCGUUUUGAGAACAAUUCUAGGAUUUUUCACUGGCGGUGUCAUUGGAACAUACGGAGUUUAUAAAAUGGAACAAAUUCCUAAGAAACAUCGUUUCUGGGUUGCAACAGUCAUUGCUUGGGCCCCCAACUUCAUAUUUAUAAACGCGAUUGCUUUCCUUGCAAAUGAUUGGCGUACUUUCCAACAGAUCAUUUUUGCUAUUAGUUGUCCAGCUUUUGUGCUCUACUUUUACGUCUACGAAUCACCUCGUUGGUUGAUCCAAAGAGGAAGAAUCAGUGAGGCCAGAGAAGUAAUGCAGAACAUUCAGAGGAUAGACAGAGCUAAUGACUUGAAAAAGGAAGAAAUGGAGAAAAUGCUCGAUGUCGAAUAUCAAAAGCACUUGGCAAAGGAAGGAAAGAUGAAGAAUUAUACUAUUCGUCAUCUCUUCUACACCCCCAGCAUGGCGCUGGCUACAGUAGUACUAUGUUCCGGAGUAUUUUUCACAAGUAUGAUAAAUUAUGGGCUUGUGUUCAAUAUGGAAAGCUUGGCUGGUUCUUUAUUCUUGAACUCAGUUAUUAUGGGGUUAUUACGUUGGUUUAUAAAUAUCAUUACCGGAGUCCUAGACUACAAAUACAAAGUGGUUGGAAGAAAGCUGGUUCAUUUUGUCUCCCAAGCCACGAUCGCUUUUUCACUUGGAUCAAUCGCGACCAUAUACUAUUUCGACAUUCAUGAAGAAUACAAAGGGUUCAUUAGGUGGUCAACAAUUAUUGCUACGGCCACAACUUCUCAGAUUUUCAUCUCAAAAACUAUUCUUGCAAUGGAGUUUUAUCCUACAGUGGUUCGAAACUCGGCUUUGGCGUUCAAAUCUACUUGUAGUCGAGUGGGAACGAUAUGCGCUCCACAGUUGUUUAUUUUGGCAGCAUCCACUCUGACCAUCCCCUACACUAUCCUAUUCUUAAUGGCAACUGCUGACACCAUUUUCUUCCAAAUUACACUCCCAGAAACAAAAGGAAGAGCUUUACCGGAGAACCUACCACCCAAGAGAAGAAAGAAAUCAGGUUUGGAUGAAGAGGAAAAGAUGAUCCCUGCACCCAAAAAUUCUCUUAUGUAUCCCUUGACAACAACCAAGAGCGAAGAAACUGACUCCAAGCUGUAG